AUGACGAAGAUACCCUCAAUGGAGAUGCCCCAACCAUGCCCGCUUCCCACGGUGCCGGAAUCGCCGGAGCCGGAGCCGAUGUACCCAUCGAAGGCUCGCCCGCCGAGGGAUUGGGCCGUCCCACGCGGCGGAAUUGCGACCGCAACGGGGCCCCAGACCAGCGCACCCGCCUCGAAGCCUCAAGGCAAGCACCAUUAA